CUCUACAGUGGUUUAUUGGCGUAACCCCGUCUCUACGCGCAUCUGCCCAUARAACCAAGCCUCACCAUUUACGCAAAUAGCGUUACAAAGGUUCGUAGUGAAUAAGACAGCGAGCCCAAAACCGAUUGGGAAGGAAUAAAAGAUAAUGCCAGAAUCGUCGGGUCUGACUGGAACUGUCCUUUCCAGAGGAACGAAGUGCACAAGACUAGAUAGCCAACUGGAAUAACCGGAUUUGGACGUCGCCGUGUGUGGAGUUGGGACGAGUUUGCAGGGCCGUGGAAAUCGUUAAUGUAAAAAUUGGGCAACUGGCAGAUUUUUCCGUUUGAAUAGUCGGUAGGGUAGAUGAGCGAGGGAGCCGGCAUGGCGGACGGAUCGUUGAGUCUCCAUCGGAAUAUGAAGAGGAUCUGCAUGGUCCUGGAUCUAUAGGAAUAUACAGCAACMAUUCCCCAUUAACGCAUUAUCUGAUUGUUUCUUCACYUGUGUAAUUUUGUGCUCAACUGUGACCAAAUUAAGGAAAUCAAACCAGCAGUGGGUUCAUUUGGGGGCCACAGGGCCAGAUUCAUUACUAUUUAGUCGAAGACGCGUCUCCAAGGCCUAUUAUCAACUGAAGGAAAACGAGGAACCAAAGGAAGAAAGGAUGCUUUGAACGACUAUUGGGGGACGAGAAAGGGUAGAUUGAUAGGUCAAAAUAACGACUGUGAAGGCUCGUGGAGAGGAGUUGAUAAAAAAAAAUCAUAUUGUAAAUAAUCUAACAUUCAGAUUAAGGAACUGUCAUUCUUUGAAUGCAAAGGUUUAGAAAGAAAUCUACCAAGCCACCAAAGUUACAGUCACGUAGCAUACAGUAUUUGAUUCGAGGAUUGGAUCAUGUCGGGGCGGCCCAGAACCACCUCCUUCGCGGAGAGCUGCAAACCAGUGCCGCAGCCCUCGGCUUUUGGCUCUAUGAAAGUCAGCAGGGACAAGGAUGGCAGUAAGGUGACAACGGUGAUGGCCACCCCAGGCCAAGGGCCCGACAGGCCCCAAGAGGUCAGCUAUACAGACACCAAGGUGAUUGGGAACGGCUCCUUCGGAGUGGUCUACCAGGCCAAGCUGUGUGACUCUGGAGAGCUGCUGGCCAUCAAGAAGGUUCUGCAGGACAAGAGGUUUAAGAACCGCGAGCUGCAGAUCAUGAGGAAACUGGACCACUGCAACAUUGUACGCCUGCGCUACUUCUUCUACUCCAGCGGAGACAAGGUUCUGGGGACACCUACACGGGAGCAGAUCCGAGAGAUGAACCCCAACUACACUGAGUUCAAAUUCCCCCAGAUUAAGGCACACCCAUGGACUAAGGUGAGUCAACAGGUGUUCCGGCCCCGCACGCCCCCGGAGGCCAUUGCCCUGUGCUCUCGGCUGCUGGAGUACACGCCCACCUCGCGCCUCACCCCCCUGGAGGCGUGUGCACACUCCUUCUUCGAUGAGCUGAGGGACCCCAAUGUCAAACUGCCCAACGGGCGAGAAAAACCCUCUCUCUUCAACUUCACCACCCAGGAGCUGUCCAGUAAUCCCUCGCUGGCCAACAUCCUAAUCCCCGCCCACGCCCACUCUCAGGUCGCCACCUCCACCCCAACCAACGCCAACGCCACCGCCACCACAGAUGGUAACAGCACAGAUCGCGGCCCCAGCACCACUACCGCCUCAGCCUCCAACUCCACCUCCUGAACCCUCCCUCUCUGACCCCCCCCCCCAAUCAGGGGUGCACCUGGGUGCCAGCUGUAAGAAUGAUGACAUGGCAGGGUUUAAAACAGAUGACCACAACUAACUGAGCCCUCCACGUCACCCAUUUAAGUGUUUGAUUUCUGCAACCUAUUCCACUGAGGACAUCUUUAUGGUCUGUUAGAGGGAGGGGGUGGUGGGGGCAGGGGGAGGCUGAUGAAAUAUAAGAGUAUUCAUAUAUAAACGUACCAUAUAUACACAAUACUAGCCUGCUAAUGUUUCCAAGAGGACAAUCUAUGUAUCAAAGUAAUUAUCUGUCCCCUCACCCUCCUACUCUUCCUUGUCCACAAUGAAGCCCCCCCCCCACAUUAAGGAUCAGUCCCUCCCUCUCGCCCUCUCUCUACACCACACCCCUUCAUAUCCUCAUCACUUCCCCUCUGACACCCCCUGGUUGGGAUGGCCACCCAGGCUCCUCCUCCUGUAGUGCAUGGCCUGAGUAUAGUUAGGAGCACCCAGAGUGACCUUUCACCCCUGCAUUGACGUCCACACUUUUGCUAAUUAGGCAUGAGGCACACAUACACACACAUACAUUCUUACCAACACACGCCGAUGCAUGAAGGUCCUGAUAUAUGUGGACAGUCCAAUCAGAAGGGAGGUUUUGGAUGUUGUCAGAGGUUUGCUUGGGGUUGUUUUUAAAUGGUUAGCGAACAGUUUUAUUCUGUUUUUAUUUUAUAUCCCCUUGGCUUAGGGUGGGCGGGAUCAUGUCAGAUGUCUAUGGUUCUGUCUGCUUGUAUUACAUUUACACUGAGUGUACAAAACAUUAGGAAUACCCCCGUUCUACAGGGAUCCUGGCCCAUGAUGACUCCAAUGCUUCCCACAGUUGUGUCAAGUUCUCUGGAUGUCCUUUGGGUGGUAGACCAUAAAUGAUACACACGGGAAACUGUUGCAUGUGAAAAACCCAGCAGCUUUGUAGUUCUUGAGACACUCCGGUGUACCUGGCACCUACUACCAUACCUCAUUCAAAGGCACUCAAAUAUUUAGCCUUUCUCAUUACAUCUGUCACACAUACUGUACACAAUCCAUGUCUCUACUGUCUCAAGGCUUAAACAUAUUUCUUUAA